AUGAAAACCAAAUCUCAUAGCAGUAGAAGUUUUAAGGACUUAAGAUUAAAAGAUAAAAAAAUAAUUGCAUUUAAUGGACAUAAAAAUCCUAAAGAUACUUACAGCUCUAUGGAAGCAUCUGGGGAAAUAUAUCAAAGUAGCUUUCUCGCUUUUACAAUAGAUGGCUCUGUAAUCAAAUUAUUCUGA